AUGGCACCCACCGGACUCACCCUCGAGAACGUACAGGCAUGGGCAAUCCGAGACUUCCGCGACCAAUUCAAGCACCUACCUGACGCGGGAGCAUUCCAUGUACAGUUCAACAUCGUCCGCGGGUACAACCACGACAACAGCUUCAAGAGCCUCGUGAUAGGCAGCACCCACACUAAGACAGGAAAGCCGGCGGACAUCCUCGCGUGGCUUGCAGGCAGCCGUAUACAGCUCGGAUAUAUUGGCAAGAAUCGGAAGGGAGAGCCUCAGGUCCGCUCACUAGCUUCUCCCGAGAAGGACACCUCGUCUUCGAAGUUUAAAUUUCCGUUCAAUUUCGUCCCUCCAAACCAAACCGAGACGGAAAUUGCGUGUUUCAAUGCCGUGUUACGCUACUACUUCCUUGCCAAAGGUUGGAGUAAAGGCGUAAUCGACGAAUCGGACGUCUUCAACAGAUUCGUAUCCAGGUUUCCUUACGCAUGUCAGGCUAUUGCAAACACAGUCGCGGACAGAUCAGCACCGGUUCCGAACUCACAUGCGCUUUGUUCCCAGAGGACUCCCUAUCUCUUUGAGCAGAUCGCCGACGACCCAUUUCCAGACCGAUCGUACACUGUAUUCAGCAGCCCGUCACCCAGUCCGCCGCCAAUUGAGGAUCCCAAAACGCCCCGGACACUACCCUCCCCACUUGAGCUGCGGGCCCGAUCUGGACAUUCACAAUCAGCCAGUCCUAGUGGGGACCAGAUCGUGGUACUCGAUGGAUCCAACGAUGCUGAUGAGCGAGAGGGCUCCGGGCUGCGAAACAAGCUUUUCGAUCUCAACAUCCGGCUAAUGAUUGCGGAGGGUCUCGCUCGGGAUGCUGAGAUAGCAGCGCGGACAGCUCAGGAAGAGGCACAGCUCUGGAGGAAACGAUAUGAAGAAGCCGAGUCGUACAGGAUCAAAUAUGAGGAGAUCAGGAGCCACUUUGGAUUGCAGGAGCAGGAUGAACGCAGAGCGUGA